GACAGAGGUUCAUCUUUGUAGAAGCUCUUUCACUUGUAACAACUUUAUCGCAUAAAUUUCACCACGCGACAGGACCUGUACAGGGAAGUCAAACAGACAGGCAGCAACACCUCUCUGUUUGUCCCACAAAGUCCUCAAAGAUUUGGAACCAUGAUUUUUUUCUAGGGUUCGCUGACCACUUUUCUCAAUAUGAAUGCUUCGAUGAGUACGCUAACGAUGAAGGACGAUGAACUAGAGCCAAGUGCUGAGCACAUUGUGGAGGGGUGUCUGUUGACUGUCGUCUCUUUGGGCGCCAUUCUCGGAAACACCACCUUGUGGAUCAUCAUCAGUAGGAAUAGGGAACUCCGGACCAUCACCAACAUGUUUAUUCUGGGCCUGACCACGGCGGACCUGUUUGUGGCCGUUAUAAACGUCCCUGUGACCGUGAUUAGCCUGUUUAUGGGCGGCUGGCCGUGGGGUGAGGCUGUCUGUAGGUUCUUUGGGUUUACAAACAUGCUAACCCUGGUCACAAGUGUUAUGUCAUUGUGUAACAUUAGCAUCAACAGGUACGUGAUGGUCUGUAAACCGAUCUACUUCAAAAGGAUUUACACCAAACGCAACUCCGUGCUGAUGAUUCUACUAUGUGUGUUUGUGUCCUUGCUUUUAUCAAGUCCGCCAUUACUGGGGUGGGCGGAGUACACUUUCAUCCAGAAACAAAUGUUUUGUUUCUGUGACUGGACAAAAGCGCCAUCUUACGCUUUCUUUAUGAUCUCUGUGUGUUUUGGAAUUCCGUUUGGCGUCAUGACGGUCUGCAACAUAUUUAUAUUUAAAACAGUGAGAGACAGCAAACGGCGGGUUACAGCAGUAGCAAAUAGCCCCAAUUCAACUAGAGUGGAAGACCCUGAACCGAAUUCAAGUACUGUGAUCAAAGAUGACGUGUCAAAACCACAUGACGUCACAGUUAUCAUAAACGACAGGUCCUCCACUUAUCCUGUCGAAAGUGGCCGUGUAACAUUUCAAUCAAACAACAACAUGCAAGAAGAUGGCAAACAACUGAAAAGAAAAAACACCACCUUAACCACUAUAAGAAAAAAGUCCAGAUCUGGUAAAUCUAGAUCAGAGGAAAUUCGGUUAGCGAUGAUCCUGGCUAUAGUGGUAGUGAUAUUUGUGAUAUCAUGGCUGCCGUAUUGUCUCAGCAUGUUGCUGGAGAUUUUCGCCAAAGACAAAGUACACACUGCCUUCCACAUGGCGACCAUCAUGUUGGGCUACUCCAACAGCGCCGUAAACCCGAUCCUCUACGGAGUGCUGAACAAGAAAUUUGGAGACGGUUUUAGGCGCCUGUUCUGCUGUUGUCGCAAAUCGUGAUUCCUUACAGAGAUGGAGGCUAGCGCUACCACCCAGUAUUAAAUAUGCACUCAAAUUUCUUGUUCUGGUCAAUUGUGAUUAAUAAGAAAUGAUUCGUUUUUAUCUAUCGAUUAUGUUUGGUACUUUGUUCAUUGCUCUAAAAUAGGAUUAACGGUCAAAAUAACAUCAAAUCUUUCAAAUUAAACUACCUUUCUACAAUUUUUCAUCAUUUGCACUAUAUCAGAGCGACAUGUAAAAAAUAGACUGUAUAUAAUCUAAGUGUACCUGUCAAUAGACGUUCCAAAUAUUAAUCUGCCAUUAUAUUGUAUUGUCAACAGUGCAAAUUACUAGGUAUCGGCACUAUCAGCAUGAUCUCAAAUAUCUAAAUUCUUUUUGUAAUACAUGUAUUACUGUUUUAAAUGUUAUCAAAUAUUAAAAUGUAAGAAGUUCUAUUUUCUUUACAUUUUGGAAUCUUAAAGUCCAUUUUCUAAAACUUUAAUGAUAAGAAAAUAUUGAACUAGAAUACUCUAUACAUACAGUCAAUGUAAAUCAAUCAGCGUAUUAUAAUUCAAAUACUCUUUGGUAUUGAACAAACAUUGUGAUUUUAUUCUAUUGAAAAGCAUAUAAAAAAAUGACUAGUCAACGGUUAUAUUUAUACACCAUUUAAUUUGCUACAAUAUUAUAGAAGAAGAAGAUGUUAUAAACAGAAAUGUGCAUAUUCCUGUUUCAUCUCCGUACUGUUCUCUACAUGUUUGGUAUUGUACACAAACGGGAUCGAAACAAACCUUCACAUGUGAAGCAACUGAACACGUUAGACAACUAUCUUUCUUUAUCGGCUGGAAACUCAUUUAAAAAAAAAGAAAGAUUUAAUGACUACAAACAACUGCAUGUCAACUAAUGUUAGAACAUUAAAGAGCAAAUUUAGAGAAAUGCAAGUUUUUUUCUCUACGUCUACAGUUAAGCUGUGUGUAAUUUGAUAAAGGCACACAUCAUUUACAGGAAGAAUGUUUUGCUUCAUUAUUGAAUCAUUAAAUUUUAUUA